ACAGGACGGGACGGGACGGGACAGGACGGGACGGGACCGGACCCAGCGCCCCGCGGGCCAUGCGCCUCCUGGCCACGGCGCUGGCCGCCCUGCUGGCCACGGCCCCGGCCCCAGAUGUUUGUGAGGCUUUAAAUGUGACAGUCUCUCCUGGACCAACAGUGCGAUACUUCGAGGGAGAUAAUGCUACUCUUUACUGCCACAUUUCUCAAAAGAGAAAGACAGACAAUUUGUUGGCUGUGCGGUGGGUCUUCGCUGCAUCACCUACCCAGGAGCAUCUGAUGAUCAAAAUGACCAAGUUUGGAUCUGUCCAGUAUUAUGGAAAUUAUACUCAUCAUUUCCACAAGCAAAGACUUCAUCUUCUUAAGGAGAAACAUGGAACUAUGUACAAAUUUCUUAUUUUAAGUCUCCAGCAAACAGAUCAAGGACGUUAUAUAUGUAAAGUCCAGGAAAUCGGCAAACACAGGAAUAAGUGGACAGCAUGGUCAAAUGGCACAGCAGCUACUGAAAUAAGAGUGAUUUCAUCAAAAUCUUCUGAUCAUCCCAUUUUCAAGACAAAUCAUGAAGCUUGGAAAUUUUUUGAAGACCUAUAUGUGUAUGCAGUGUUUGUGUGUUCCAUAGGAAUCAUCAGCGUCCUCCUUUUUACACUUGUCAUUCUCUGUCAGUCACUUCUGAACAAGAGGAGAUCCACAGUGAAGCAUUACCUCGUGAAAUGCCCCCAGAACAGAUCACAAUCCAGGUUAUUGGGCAGGGAUUCUCACAAGUGGAAGGUGGUGUGUUUGCAUGAACUCACUAGGACAAACCAUCUUUGCCUCCAUUGCCUUCAUUUUCCCCCCACUUAUGAGCCUGUGCUUUGCAGUUCCGGGGAAACAGUUACCAGUGUGACAAGCCUGUCUCCUCUACAGCCUAAGAAGGUAAAGAAAAAGAAAGAGAAAGAGAAACUGGAGCAGCCACCAGCCAUUCCAGCAAAAGCUCCAAUUGCCAAUAAUUUCCCUAAGCCCAAGCUCUUGAAACCUCAAAGAAAACUGAUCCUGCCAAAAAUUGCAGAGGAGAAUUUAACAUAUGCUGAACUUGAACUUAUGAAGCCGAUUCAGGAAGCCAAAGGCAUUCCCAGUACGACAGUCUACGCACAGAUACUCUUUGAGGAGAACAAGCUGUAAUAGUUCAUGCCUGUAUAAAUGUCUUAUGUCUGUGUUCUAUUUAAUUCUUGCUGUACUGUUUAUUUAUAAAAAUCAUACAGAUGUCCUUAUUUUUUUAUUUCCAUUCAUGCACUUCUAUUUUUCUGUGAGACUUCUAAACACCAUGUAGUUGAAAGUAAUCAUAGAAAAAGCAGCUGGUCUACAAGUGAUACCCUUUGUAGAGUUCUAUAUCCCUGUUGUAAAUGAACUAAGUUCCACUUGGGGCAUUUUUCACACUAAACAUUAUUCCUUCUUUAAUGUUAAUGGGAAGAGUCCAGCUGCAAACAUCAACAUCUUAACAAGCCUCAGAAGGACUAGUGGCAGGAUCCAUGCCCAUCAGCCUGCUGCUGAAGGCAAAGACCACUGGCUAGGAAAAUGGCCACUUUAAUGCAUUUUAUCCCAUCAGAAAGUAUUAACUCAGUAAAGCUGAGACUUUUUUCUACAGCAAAGGAAAAGCUUAAAUUACUUUUUCAGCUUUCCCCCCCCCUCCAGAAAUAGUUAAAAAGGUUUGUCUUCUAUGUUUUCAAAUUCCAUUCCUAAAUGACAUUGUCUUUAAAAAACUUAUGUUACUUUUGGUAAGGUGCUUGAAAUAAAAUAUUCAAAAAUAA